AUGGCACACCUGCCUCCAAAAGUGCCACAAAACUGGUCAGAAAACUACCAGCACCACCAAAAGCCGCUAUCUACUGACCAUCUGCCACCACCCACCGCUGCCACCGCCGCCGCGGCCACCCAGAUGGAUCCUUCAUGGGUUGAUGAUUUCCUUGACUUCUCGUCAACCAAACGUGGCUCCCACCGCCGAUCCGUCAGCGACUCCGCAGCCUUCCUCGAGAUCCCAAUGCUGGGUGAGGACAAUUGCCGCAGAUCGUCUGCACCAGGAUCAAGAAGCGGCAACGGCGGCAGUGCAGCCACGGAAUUCGACCGUUUCGAUGAGGAACAAUUCAUGUCGAUGUUCAUCGACGAUGAAACGGCAACUGGGCCCACGGUUUCGUGCUCGAACCCUUCGUCACCAUCGGAUCAUAACAGCAUGAAUGAGCAACAGCAGAUGGAGGAGGAGGAGAGUUCAUGGAAAUCUGAAACACAGUUCAAUCCCCAUGCAACAACAAUGGACAAUUCUGACAAGAUUUUUGAUCCCAAAAGGAUAAAAAGAAUUCUGGCAAAUCGACAAUCUGCUCAAAGAUCCAGAGUGAGGAAAUUGCAGUACAUAUCGGAAUUGGAACGCAGUGUAAACUCUUUACAAGCAGAAGUAUCGGUGUUAUCACCAAGGGUGGCAUAUUUGGACCAUCAACGACUGGUUCUAAAUGUGGAUAACAGUGUUCUCAGACAAAGGAUUGCUGCUCUCUCACAAGACAAGCUUUUCAAAGAUGCUCAUCAAGAAGCAUUGAAGGGAGAGAUAGAGAGGCUAAAGCAUAUGUAUUACCAACAAAAGAAGAUGGAAAAUGGAUCAAAUGGUGCAACUCGUCAUGAUUCCCCAAUUUCUGAUCAUUCUAAUGCACCUCAAGAACAACUUAUGAUCAACUAACAACGCCAUCUGAUACGUUACGAAGCUGAUGUUCGGAUCAGGCAACUCCAAUUAUGUGAUCUUCGAAUGGAUUUCGGUUCUUGAUGAAGAUUGUUUAAGUUUUAUUUAAUUACUUAAUUUAAUUAAAAUGUAAUUAAUUGAUCACCAUGAUUUGUUAAAUUCCCUUCAUUUCAAUUGUCGUUUUAUUAUAUUAAUCAAAAUUA